AUGUGCAAUGCCAUAUUUCGAUUGCAGUUUCCGAAGCGGAAGCGCAGAAUUAAUGGCAACCAGCGACGUCCGCACUUCGUAAGCCGGGGCAACUCACCUUACGAGCGACGGCGACUGUAUUGCGCCAGCAACCUCGAGGCUGAGCGCCGGCGAUACUUGACCUCGAGGGGCCAAAUCCGGAAGUGGCUCGUUGAUGGAAAGGGCCAGAUCAAACGCUAUGGCAUUGAACAAACCCCGGCCGCCCGAGCAAUACCCCCGAAUGGGAUGCGAACUCGCACGGGGCAUAGUAACGCAGGUAGACGGUCUGACGGCAAGGUUGUGCUCCCUCCUCAACCGGGCAAUAGAUCCCAAGAAUUGCCUCCUGCUGAACCGCAGAUCGAUGUCCAGCAUGGACGAAAGGGCAAAUCCAAUCGUGACAACAAGGGUGAGCAUAUCCAGGAUAUCCGGGAAGAGGACAUCCCAAAAGGCUGGACUGUUAAAGAGUAUCGCACCUUUCUUCGAGCAACUACUCGACGAAGCGAGCUUGUGGCGAAGGCCGAAGAGCAUCGAAAAAUCCUGGAACGGCACCUUCAAGGAUACAACGACCAGCUCCAAAAGCACGUUCAGGGUCAGAACCCUGGGUUUCGGGACUGGCGCCCAGACUGGACCAAAGAGCGGUUCGAUCAGCAGCACCUGUUCAUAGCCAUGAGACUGUCCAGAGGACAGCGAAUCAAAGAUGAAUGCUUGGUGAAAUUCCUCAGGAUAUGCAGCUCGCCUGGAGCCGUACCAUUGGCUUCGCAGUCGAACCAUUUUCCGCAUCCGGACGCAGGAUACGCCGAGAGGGAGGAGGAUCGAAUGAAGGCCAGCGCGCCUGCGGAAAUGAUCAACAGCUGGGAUGAUGGCUUGGUAGAUGCUGCCGGAGAUUUCGCAGGACGACGGCCUUCAGAAGUACUAGAAGGUAAUCUCAAUCUAUAUGCGCGGGACCAUGUCGUUGGGUAUCCGAAUACCAUGGCUUCUGCCGUUAGAUCCGAAACGGGCCCAGGAGACAGCAUUAGCCUCAGGGGACGCAAUACCCGGGACAUAGUAAUGGCGCCAGGACAGACUGACAUAGUUACGCCUAAUCGUCCUGCACACUCGGAUUACAGUCAGCUGGCCAACCCGGUGAAAUGGGAGGCGCCCAGUGAUGUUCGAAAGCAAUUCAGGGAUAUUCGACAGCGACUUGAGGAUGAAGACCCGAAGCAUUUUCCACCGCAACUCGACGAUAAAAUCCCGAAGGGCCAUUUUCCAGAUCCGAAAGCUUUAAGAAGCCACAUGGGCUGA